AUGCGAGCAUUAUUCUCGCAUGAUUCCCACCCCUACAAAACGAGGAAGUCACAAACAAGACUCCCGCAACACACAUUCCCCUCUCCCCUGUUUUGCGAUGAUCUCUCAUCCCCUCCUUCCCCUCUCAUCCCCUCCUCCCCCUCUCAUCCCUCCAUCUACUCUCACAUUCCGUCCCCCCCUCACUCAUCCCUUCCUCUCCUUUCUCAUUCCCUCCCCUCCUCUUUCAUCCCUUAUCAUCCCCCUCUCUCCUCUCAGGACCAUGUCCUCCUCCCUCUCAUCCCUCCCUCUCCACUAUCAUCUCGUCCUCCCCUCUCUCAUCCCUCCAUCUCCUCUCUCAUCCCUCCCGUCCUUCUCUCCUCCCGUCCCCCACUUACUCAUCCCUCCUCCUUUCCCAUCCCGGACUCUCCUCUCUCAUCCCUCGCUCUCAUCUCUCAUCUCUCAUCCCUCACUCUUAUCUCUCAUCCCUCACUCUCAUCUCUCAUCCCGUCCUCUCCCUCUCAAUCCGUCCAUCUUUCGUCCCUUCCUCCGCUCUCACGUCGUCUCCUCCCCUCUUUCAUCCCGUCCAACCCCUCUCUUCUCCUCCCGUCCUCUCCUCACUUCCUCCCGUCCUCUCCUCUCUCCUCCCGUCCUCUCCCUCUCCCUCUCGUCCUCCCCUCUCUCAUCCCUCCCUCUCCACUCUCAUCCCGUCAUACCCUCUCUCAUCCUUGCCACGCCACGCUUCGCACCUCCCCUUCCGAGCAAAGUCGCACCGCCACUUUCCCCCAAGUCGCACUUCCCUUUCACCCGGGCUCGCACUUCAACUUCCCCACAGGGCGCUCCUCCCCUUUACCCCAGGGCGCACUAUGCCUCUUCCCUCAGGUCGCUCCUCUCCUUUUCCACAGGUCGCCAUUCAAACCCCCCCCCAGGUUGCUCCUCCCUGUCCCCCAGGUCGCUCCCCCCCCUUUCCCCCAGGUCACACUGAGAGAGGGAAAAGGGGGUUGA